CUCUCAAACCACGCCCCCGGCCGUUCAAAUGCGGCCGUCCCGGGAACCGCGUCCGGGCCGGAGGGGCCGGAGGCGCCGAGCGGAGCGCGAUGGAGCCGGGAGCGGCCGCGGCGCUGCUGCUGCUGCUGGCGGGAGCGACGGCGGCACCGGGAGCAGGUGUCCCGUGUCCCCCCGGUCAGUUCGUCUGUGGGGACGGGUCGUGUAUCCCCAACUCCUGGGUCUGUGACGGGCGCCCCGAGUGUCCGGAGGGGGACGAUGAGACCCCCGAGACCUGUCGGUCCCUGUCGUGCUCCCCGUCCCAGUUCCGCUGCGGUGGCCUCGGCCGCUGUGUCCCCGGCUCCUGGCGCUGCGACGGUCACAGGGACUGCGAGGACGGGGCCGACGAGACCGACUGCCCCCCCCGCGGCUGCCCGGUGAGCACCUCCCGUGCGGCCGGGGCGCCGGCUGCGUGCCGCCCGCGUUCCUGUGCGACGGGGACCCCGACUGCCCCCGACGGCUCCGACGAGUGGCCCCACAACUGCAGCGGGGCGGGGGCACCCCCCCGGCGACCCCCCCCGGCGGCCCCCCCGCGCCCCCCCCCCGCCGCUGCCCCCCCCUGCAGUUCGCCUGCGGCUCCGGCGAGUGCGUCCACGGGCGCUGGCGCUGCGACGGCUCCGGCGACUGCCGCGACGGCUCCGACGAGCGCGGCUGCGCCGCGGCCCCCCCCGUGCCCCCCCGGCUGGUUCCGGUGCCGCGACGGCCGCUGCGUCCCGGGGACCCGGCGCUGCGACGGCGACACCGACUGCGCCGACGGCUCCGACGAGGACGCCUGUCCCACGGCCCCCCCGUGCGAGGGCCCCGCGUGGUUCCGGUGCCGCUCGCUCAGGGCGAGUGCGUCCCCAUGAGCCCGCGUCUGCGACCGGCGGCGCCACUGCCGGGACUGGUCCGACGAGCCCGUCAAGGAGUGCGGGCUCAACGAGUGCCUGGACGGGGGGGGCGGCUGCUCCCACGGCUGCCGGGGACCUGCCCCUGGGCCACCGGUGCCUGUGCCCCCCGGGGGCUGCGCCUGCGGGCCGACGGCGCGGUACGUGCGGCGGUGAGACCCCCGGG